AGUACUGACCAGAAAGAUAACAGACACGGAAAUCUUGAUUUAUUGUCAAUCUUUGUAGCGCUUAGUACAAACAGCAUAUUAGCAACUCAAAACAGCUUAGAGCUACAGGGCUUAAAAAGAAACGUUACCUAUAGCUGGUUAAUUUCUUCAUUUGGAUUGAAUCACAGAGACUCUAUAAUGGAUCUGAUGCAGCUUUUAUACAUCGCAGCGAGUAUCUGCCCUUUGCUCGCCUCUGCUGAGAGACACACUGUUUUCUGGAAUAGUACCAACCCUAAGUUCCAACGGGACAGCUAUGCGGUUGAGGUACGCCUGAAUGACUACCUGGACAUCGUUUGCCCACACUACCCACUGGGUGAAGUGCCAUCACAGGACGCCGAGCGCUAUGUGCUCUAUAUGGUGGAACGUGAAGACUAUGACUCCUGCCGCCCACAAUCCUACGACCAGAUGCGCUGGGAAUGUGGCCACCCUUUUGCCGCACACGCGCCCGAGAAGUUCUCUGAGAAGUUCCAACGCUUCACGCCAUUUACUCUGGGAAAAGAGUUCCGACAGGGCGAGAGCUACUACUACAUCUCCAAACCACUGCACCACCACGGACAGGAGUGUCUGAGACUGAGAGUGGACGUAGUUGCCAAUGAUGGUUCUCAAGAAGCCAGGGUCAGCACAGGAGGCGGAACCAAGGUGGGCACAGGGGCAGGAGCUCACACACCGUCUAAUCGGUUACCAGCAGAUGAUCCUGUUGUGGCUCUUCCUGAAGUACAGAAAAGCAUGCGGACAAACUCCGCCAUUUCAGUAGCAUCCUGGACUGUUCUCACAACUCUACUCCCCAUUUUAUUAUUGCUGGUCUUACAGUGAGAUGAAUAUUGGACUAAAUUACACAUACAAAAGACUAUAAUGACAGCAGCCUGUGUUGAUGGAAGCACACAGGGGUAGCUCAUUACAUCCCAGUGCUGGCCAUUGGGAGACGUGUACAGGAAGUGGAGCUCUCUCACACCGCUGGUGCUGGUGGAGAAGUGUAACUGGAAUAAAAAGGGCUUUGACCUUUUGAACACUUCUGAAGAAACAAAACAAGAUGUCAGUAUUUUUCUGGAAAUAAUCUUCAUGCAAAGGGAUUCCCUUAUCCAUUUUUUGUUCCUAAUAUUAACGGCGGACUACACAAAAUCUGGAUAAGAACAAUCUGAAACAGUAAUGAAGGAUUUGAAUUAGCACGUAUUUCAAAUAUGGACAACCCGUUUAUUCGAGUGUCAUAAUGAGGGGACGCAAUCCAAGAAUGAGCCAAAGACCUCAAAGCUUCUCACGAAGGAGCAGAGCGAUCAAACCAUUUAUUGUUUUCUCCUGUUUUGUUGAUCCAGAGAAAUAAUUGAUUUUCGUAAUAAUUUAUGUAGCAUCAGCUCAGAGGGUUUUAUUCUCACGAUUUUCUCAUGAUUUUACAAGACUGUGUGCUGUACCUGGAUUUAAACCUGGAAAUGCAGCACAGAACACACACAAACCCCUUUUCCACUGAAAUGGUGCUGGUUCCUGUGACGGGACGUCUGAGGAAAUGAAUAGAGUAUGUCAGAUUGAGGGCCGGCACCCUGUCAGCGGAAAACGGGGGCAUCUGAUACUGUUUACCAAACCCACUGACACACUUCCAUUCACAAAUGCUGUGUUGUUUUUGUACAUUCAUUGUUUAAAGAGUUUGUAAAUUAUAAGGUGUGCUGCAGAACAAAUUAUUGUAUAUGGUGAGCAAAAAUGUUUACUGUGUGAUGAAUGAGAAUGAGACGUGAGAGAGGAGAAACUCGUUGGAUUUCUGUGUAUGUAAGAUGAAAGAGAGGACGAAAUUCAGAGGCGAUGUGAUAGUCUGUCCCGAGACGGUGGUACCCUCAGCAUUUAAACUGCCAAGCACAAUCAAUGAGAAGUGCAGACACACACACACACACACACACACGCACACACAUCACAUCACAAAUGGACAACUGGAGGCAAAGAGUUUUAUCAGAGAAAUCAACUUAUGUAAAGUAAUUUUUGAUUUGUUGAUUUGUAUCGGUAAUUGGACAAUACUAAAUAAUGCAAAAUAUUAAUGAUAUUAAUUAUAUAUAUUACUUACCCAAAUUAUAUGAAUUAUGGGGGUAUAUGGGGUUGCCCAUGUCCAAUAAAAAACAAUAUGAUUUAUAAAAAAAAAAAAAAAAAAAGCAAAACACAAA